CCCUCACCUCCUCCUUUCCCUUCUCCUCUUCCUUACUGUCCCUUCUUCUCCCAGACAGACCCUGCCCUUUCCUUUCUGUCGCCCGGUCUGCUGUGGAUUGUGUUGUGGAGGACUGGGACGCUCUCUGACAAUGGGAAGCUUUCUCUCUCUCGGCCUGCAAUGCUGACACCUCUCCUCCCUCCUGUCGGGAAUUCAUGUGAGUACACUCUGCUCUUUCACUUCUUUUUUAUGGUGUCGUAUUUCUGCUUUCUCAUCCUGUCUGUGUGGAUUUUGGGGGGGAACCCUAAAUAAUACAAUGACUAGAAUGGGAACAGAUGAAUUAUUGAUUACUCCACCUCUUCCAGCAUCUGUGCAUCAGUAAAUCCCAAAGGUUCUGUACUUAUUAACAGUAAUCCCCCUCUGUUUUGUGCAGACAUUUAUUGUCUUUAUUUGUCAUUUAAACCAGAAUUCAAAGAGUCCAGGUUCAUUUAAGAGCAACUGUUGCUCUAAAACUGCUGUGAUUCUUUCAUGCCUCCUCAACCAGCCCACACACUUCUCCAUUUUAGCUCCUAGGCGGGCCUGGCUGCCGGCUCUCUCUGUGGCAGGUGGGCAUCUGUGCUGCAGUCUGAGGGCUGGGCUCUGUAAUCAAGCAUACAUGCUCUUUUGUUCAGAGGAUUAGUGAUCUCUCACCAGUUUUCUGAUCUGAAUCUGUAAUGGCUGUUUUGCCGGGAGGCUAUGUGAGCCACAUGUGAAUCAGCGUGUUGUUUUCUCAUCCUUGUGAGUCUCUGUGUUGCAUUGUACUGCAGCAACAGCAGCCAAUGCAUCAUUUUGGUAUACCUCUGGCCUAGUCUGAGAGUAGAUGAUAUUCUCAGUUUUUGUGUGAGAUGGCUCAUCUUUGUUAGAAUGACAUGUUGAGCUGGUUUUACCCUGUAGACUGUCUGCUCUGGGUCACUGGGAGGCUGCAGACACUCUUGGAUGCUGAGCCUGAGGGCAGAUACUUAGCAGUGGUUACAUGUCUCACAGUAUCAGUCAGUGUGUGCACAAGAGCCCUGUGUCUUAGUCAAGAAUAUUAGAGUUUGUGUUAGCAUACUGUUUUUAUUUUAAUACCUCAUCUUUGGAGCUAUGAAUACAGGCAUGUUACAGUGAUGAAGAUAUACACAGUUUAUACGUAUUUACCUCCUAAUUGCACCAAAAUGAAACAGUCAACAUCAAAUAUAACUGAUUUCAGUAUUUCUGUCAAUUAUUCAUUUGUCUUGUCUACAAAAUUUAAGAUGGUCUUCUCUGAGUGACUUUAAAAAAACUCCCUAAACGUCUGACCCUCCUUCAGAUGAUGAGGGUUGAUCAAUAAGGUUCAUUUAAAUGUAUGAGGUGCCGCUCUUGAUCAAAGCCAAUCACCAGGCUGUGAAAGUGCCCUCUUUCUAAAUUGAAUUGCCCGAACCACUUCUUUGAGGCCGUUCAUUUCCAUUAAAGUCAGCAUUUUACACCACAUAAUGCACUUUUCAGGGAGUCCUAAUCAUCAGAUACAACCUCAUGCAGUCACAUCAAAGUCUGGGAUGAAAACUCAACAGGAGAUAGCCGUCAAUUCCAUCCCGGAGAUGUUCAGGUUAAUGAUUCCUUAUGUGUGACACUCAGGAUUGUCUGUAUUCAAAGAAAAAACAGAUGGUUCAGCAUAUUGUGUCCCAAAGCAUGGAGCAUAAAUCCCAGCUGUUUUAAUGAUACUCUCCCCUCAGAGACCAUUCACUCUUGAUAUCUGUUUUCUCAUACUAAACUUGUGUUGCUUGUUUUCCUGCCAAAAUCACAUACAGCUCAUCAUAACUUCUGAACGACACCUUGUACAGAUUAAUUAUUUACACCGCACACUGAUCAUUAUCUGCAAAAUAGCGCAACGCAAGAUGAGGAAAUUAUGUGUGUUUGGUCUGGACCUGCUCUCCCAGUAAAGUCUCUUGAGAUAACGCUGGUGCUACAUCACUGAAGAUUGAUUGGCUGAUUGGUAUCUGCACAGGACAACAUGUACAAGACCUCAUGUGAUCGUCUGAAUCUCAAUGCAAGACAGCACAGCCGAUGUGUGGCUCUGACUGCAGGUGGAGGAGGCUCUCGGGGGGGACCUGUGCUGGUGCACUGAUCGACCUUUAAUAAAUCUGCAGUGCAUGUUGUGUCUGCAGACACACUGCCUGCAUGCCGCAUUGUCUCCCACCAGCCUUUGUGGAAGUGGGCUCACGGGGGAUAGAGACAGAUGUCCCCCUGACUCGUUUUUUUUUUGUGUCUGUGUCACUGUUGAUUAAAAAUUCUGCUGACUACUGUAGUGUACAUGAUGUGGUCACUUUCUCCCCUCUCCGCUCAUUAGCUGUCAGAUCUGAUCAGUCUGGGGACAAAGGCAGAAGAAGGAGAGCUGUAACAGUCGGGUCAAGGAUAGUAUGCUGAGGAAUGAGGGCUGUUUUUGUAGUAUGCUCUUUGGAGAUUCAGCAACUGUUGGUGGUGUAUUCCUAUGCAUCAUACUCAGCUACAUAUACCAAAUAAUGCAGCUUUGAGCCCAGAAUUUGGUCAGAUGAGUAACAUCAAAACAAAAGAGCAUGGCAGUCAAAGUUGUUUAUAUGCUGAGUGUGUUAUUUUUAACAUAACUUCUCAGACUCAGACUGAAGCAUGAAGACCAGAAUCCUUCAUGUGAUGCAGUGAGGUGUGAGGGGAGCUUGUUAGUUCGAGGAGCAGCAGGGGUUUUUGAGUUGUCUGAAUAAUGAUUGAUGAGUCAUCAUACUAUAGAGUGGGGCAACCUCACUGAAAACAGAGUGCAGAGUUGGAUUUUCUCAGGUUUUGCAUAAGUUUAAAGUUAUUUUGUUCGCUAUUUUUUCAUCGGAAUCUACAUACCUCCUAAAUAGGACUGGUCGAUAUGGCCUCAAAUCAAUAUCACGAUAUAUUGAGCAGUUCACCUCGAUAACGAUAAAUGGAUGAUAACUACUCCACAAGCUGCUCCCACAUUAACUUGGUCUACUUUAGCCGCCGCAACAACUUUUGAACCGUCCUCCAUCUCCUCACCUGUCUUCCCUCUUUGUUACGGACUGGAUGGGGUGGAGUCACGUGUCUGACGUGGGGCAUCGUCUUAAAGAGACAUGAGACCAUAGCCUACCUCCACACAUCCAAAACCAACUUUUAUUUAUUUAUUUAUUUAUUUGACACUGAAUUUACCGAUAUGGGCAAAAUGAUGUCGGUUCAUGUCAUAAAUUUCGGUAUCGGUAAAUUUUCGGUUUAUCGCCCAGCCCUAGAUCAGGGGUUUUUGAGUUGUCUGAAUAAUGAUUGAUGAGUCAUCAUACUAUAGAGCGGGGCAACCUCACUGAAAACGGUGUGCAGAGUUCGAUUUUCUCAGGUCUUAAGUUCAAAGUUAUUUUCCUCCCUAUUUGAAUUGAAAUACAUUAUUUCUGUCCUGCUAAAUCUAUCAGAAAUGUUGAUUGCUGCUCGGCUGCGUUUACACAGGAACAAUCCCUCAUGAUGCAUGUGCAGAGACACAACAGAUGUGCAUGGAAACAUAAACUACUCUCUAUUUUUAGACACAAUCUCGACAGAAUAUUGUCACCGGCCAACAUUUCCUACUUCAGGUCACUGAGACGCUAACCACUGUUUAUGAGCUGACGGCUCAGAUAAACUUCUGGGACUCUCUCUUUGGUCUGAAGUCUCAGACACUGCAGAUUUAUCAGGGUAGAGGACAGAAAUACAGUCAGAUAGUAUUUCAUAUGUUCUAACUCAGGUACACAGAUAGGGCAGUGUGAAAGGCUGGCUUGUUUUGCCUCAUACAGUUUGAAGAAAUGAGGUUGAAGUUGUUAAUCAAACAGGCAAAGAGGAGUGGAAGGGAAAAUCCUUUUUAUGGCCUUUGGAGUGCAAACAUCCUGGAAUCUGGAGCCGUCACAGCGAGUCAGGGAGUGAUAUUAACUAUCUACUAACUUCAUUUCGCUUCAAAGACGCCAGACGGUUUUCCACUGAGCCUCUCAUGUCAUUAUUCAGCCUUCAGUGGAAUCAUAAGACCGGGGUUACAUUUUAUUAAACAUACAGUAAACAACAGUGGAAUAGAGCUUGUUCCUGCAGUUUCAGAUUUUUAAUGUAAUUUUGAAGAGAAGAGAAAGCAGAAAACAUGCUGAAUGAUAUUGAAUUAAUGGUUUAAAAUAACUAGUAAACCCAAAACACUGAGGAAAGAUGUUGAGUUUUCAAGAUCUUUACUGAUCUGUCUGUGUCAGCCAAAUUAAACAGUUUUAAAGAAGUGAAUUCCAUCUUGAGGAUUUAUUUGGUCUUAAAAAUACGACUUAAAAUACAGACAGAAUACUUUCAAUCUUGGAAAUCUUCAAAUCUAAUCUUGUUCUAGUUUUCUUGACACUUUUUGAGUCGCCUGGCUUACAGCAGAGGUCAUAACUCGUAGGGUCUUUCCACAGACCGUUACGUAAUAGUUCUAUUAAAUUAUUAAAGAGCUGUGGGUGAGAGAGAACUGGAUCGUCUGUUCAGUCAGAGUUUUGAGUAAUUUUAAGUGGGACAUUUUCUCAUCCUCUAAAGAUAACAUCACCGCUGUCAUCCAUUAGUCAAACGUCUUUCUCUUUCACUAAGCGGAGAAAUUCACUGGAGACAGAAAUGGUUGCUGUUUUGUUUGAGAGUGACGAUUUUGCACAAACAGAAACAACUGAACAAGCAGCACUAGUUUGUAGGAGGGUUAGAGAGCGUGGAUGAGCGCUGUACCUGUCCUCGUGAUGGAAAUAAAAUAGAUUAAGUCCAGAUCGAUGUAAAUUUGAGGUCAUGUUGCUGAAAUCCAUUUAAAACAGUCAUAGUCACAGAGAUGCUCAUGUUGAACACAUAAACAACUCACCUUAAGUCUGGAAUCUGAUCUGAUGACCGAGUCUGUGGACGAGCCAUUACUGCCACAAGUCAUACGUGUAAGACAGGGUUUAUGUGCGGUUAUUCGGAGUGUUAGCUUCAUUUACGACUUAGUUAGUCUAGGCGUGAUGGUGUAAUAUUAGUCUGGGAGUCAUAGUGGCAGUAAUCCUGAUGGCAGACGGGGCCAGACCCUGCAGGAGGGCAUUAAGCUACUUAGGCGUAAUUCAGGGUGAGAGUGGAAAGAGAUGCUUGGUGGAGUUUACAAACAUUUGCACUCGGCGGUUUGUCCUCAGGUGACACGCUUUCGUGUGGUAGAGAUACAGCACAGGAGGAGGAGAAAAAAAACACUGACUUUGAUAACUGGGCUGUAUGAAGUGCUGAUCAUGCAGUUCCUGAAGAGGAUCUCGUCACAUGCUGCUUCAAACAUCACAGUGUGCUGCAGAUCUAGGUCUCCACAGUCUGCACUGCUGUCACUGUAAAUGCAUGUCUUAUAUUUCUAUCUGAGCUAUUUUUGUAACUCAACCUAUAACUUACCUCAGCUUUUUUUAGCUGCAGGAUUUUAUUAUUAUUAUUCACGUAUCGUUGAAUGACUUGAAAGUGCACUAGGAAGGCUUGUAAGCUGAAUUUUUUUACUGUAUUUUUUAUGUUCGAAAUGGUGGAACAUUAACAGAGACAUGUUCUCUUCCCUGCAGAAACCCCCAGCCUAAAAUGUCCUCUAUUAUAGCUAUAUACUACAGAUAGAGAUUUAUACAUAUGAGACCAGUAUCUAUGACGGAGUAUUAGGGCCACAUUAAGAUAAAAAGGUAAGACUUUGAGAUUAAAGUCGUUAAUUUACGAGAAUAAAGUCAUUACUCAUUAUUAGUAAAGCACUUUAAAACAACCACAGCUGUAACAAUUAAAACAAUGGAUAAAAUAAAAGCAGAAUUAAAAAGAAAAAUAUAGUUUCAAUGUUUUUAAAAACUGAUUUAAAAACAUAGAAACAAAUAACUAAAAACAAACCAUGAAACACUAAAACAGGAGCCUCAUGCAGGGUUGAAAGCCAAAGAAUAAAAAUGGGUUUUAAGAUGAGUUUUAAAAAUGGACAGUGUGGGGGCUUGUCUGAUUUGGAGGGGUCGCUCGUUCCAUAAUUUUGGGGCUGCAACAGAAAAAGAUCGAUCCUCUCUGAGGUUCAGUUUGGACCUCGGUACCUCCAGGAGCAGCUGAUCAGCUGACCUGAGGCACUGAGCGAGCAGGGGUGUAGGGGUGGAGAAGCUCAGAGAGGUAAGAUGGAGCCAGACCAUUUAAAGAUUUAAAAACAAGUAAAAGAAUCUUAAAAUGAACUCUAAAAUGCACGGGUAACCAGUGGAGAGAGGCCAGGAUGGGAAUAAUGUGCUCCCUCUUACGUACUCCAGUUAAUUAAAAAGUCUCCCUCCUGUAAUAUUUUAUUUUUUUCUCUUCUUCUGGCCUUUAUCCUCUUCCGCAAGUAUCUCUAUCCUUUCUAAGUGUUUGGGAGUAUUUGAGGUUUUCACAUCCACGUUUUGCUCGCUGAAUCCAUACGUUCAUAAAUAUUUAAACACACACAUAUUUCUGCAAUCAUGUCAUCCGCACUCUUUUUGUCUUUGUCUUGUUUCCGGCAGCUUAUUAGAAAUGUAUUCACCUCAUAAACAAGAGGAGGAAGGGGAAAAGGAAAAAGCCAAUAAAAGUUUAAGGACAUUUGGCGUCAGUAUGAAAAAUACAGGGAGUUGUUGGCAGAGGCGUGCAGUUGAGAGGUGACUUGCAGGAUGUACAAAACAGGUUUUAAAAGGAGGAUAAAUGUUAAAUGAGCCACUCCUGUUUGCUUUCUGUUCUCCUUUGCAAAAAAUUAUACCAGAUUUUCUUUGUUUGGGUCUUCAGAAUAAAGUUUGCAGUGACCCAUAAACACAUGCACGGCUACUCAGGGCUGCAGAGACUGUAUUUUACAGAAGGAUCUGUCUGUGGUGAGGCCAGUGGGAGGAACUGAGCCGAGGAGGCUGCUGGGAGAAUGAACUAGUGGGGAGAGAGGAAGGGAGGAAGGGAGGGAGGGAAGGAAGGGAAGGCGGGGGACUGUUGUAACCCUUAAGGCAGCACAGCCAGCGAGAGGGGCGGAGUUUAAAGGUUUGGUUCCUCAAGCUUCCUCCUGAUGUCAGCGUUCAGCUGCUGCAGUAAGAGUCCAUGCAAAAGGGAAAACGGUCCAAAGAGGGGAGGGCUGUUGAGGGGAGAUGGGAGGAGGGGGAGGUAGAGAGGACCGAGGAGGAGGAGGAGGAGGGCUGCUGGUUGUUGGACAGUGAAAGGGCCCGGCAGAGCUCCUUAGUCAGUAGGCCUUGUAAUCACUUGGCAAGGAGCAACAAUGGGGCCUGCGUGCCUGAGAAAAUCCCCAUCUGCAGGACGUCUGUCUGAGAGAUCAGGCCUGCUGAUGCUGCGAGUGCAUUUCUGUGGUUUAGAGAGGGAGGAGAGCGAAAAGAGAGGACAAUAGAGAGAAGGAGAGGAGAUGCAGGGAAGUGAAGAGAUGUGGGGCGGUGAGCUGUGAGCUGGAAUGUCAUUGUUAGAGCUCGCUGCUCUGUGUUUCAGGGACAGCUGCCUCCACGGUCUGCUCGCUCAUGUGAGACAGGCAACCCAGUUCACUGUGAGUUCCCCCGUUCUCCCUUCACACACACACACACACACACACACAUACACUCACAGACAGACAGGUGGUGCCUGAACUCAGCCAGCUGGGAGUCAAGGGAAGGAACUAGGAGGAAUUUGGGGAGUGGCGUUUUCAAGCUUCCUCUUCCUCUCCUUACUCUCAAAGAAAAGAGGCCCUCAGCUAUAUUUGUCAGCCACUGUUCUGAGCUGGAAGGCAGAACGGGAAGCUUCUGCUCUCAGUGCUGCUGGAUCAUGUGCGGGCCUGAUAGUUAGUUCGAGUCAUCCCAGGUUGGGCUGAAAGAGCAGCUCUGUUGAUGCAGCCUCAAAGGAAAAAUUACAAACCCUGCUGUCGGAGUGGCGGAUGAAAGAUGAGGCGAGGCUGAGGAGUUGUACAGUCAUAAGGCGGUGACGCACAAAGAUGGGUGAGUUCACAUUUGCUUUCUGAGGAAACAGGAGUGUGUGGACUUUUGGGAUUAAGCAGAUCAGGACGAUGAUUCCUGUGGGGUGAAUAUUAAGAAACGCAGUUGCAGAGUGACUCCUCUUAGAUGAGUGGACCUGAUUUUGUAUGAUGAGUCAUAUCUGAACCACACUUUUGCUGAAAUGCAGAAAAUUCUGGACUGUUUUUAGCCUGGAAACCAAAUAUUUGUAGAUAUUGCUAAGAGAUGGUGAAGUCCACAGUUAUCUUGUCUUCCUCUGCAUGAUUCUGUAUUCAGUUUUCAUGUUUGGGAUUGGCCUGACCUGAAUCAGGCCUGCAGAAAAUCUGUUUGCACAGCAGGGGGCCUGACACAUCUAACAUGAUGGGCUCACAGAUUUGUCUGCUCACCAUGCAAACUGGUUUCAAAUUAAAGGUGAGCUCACUUCCUGUUUUAGGUUUUUUGUUCACCUUUUUUCUCUGAGCUUCAACGGAGGAAGUCAGGAGGCAAGUGAAUGCUCAAAACUGGUGCAUGUGAUGUCUAAAUCUGGAUAUUAACAGGCAGAGUAUCGAUACACACUGUUUGUAGUUUUCUUUGUGCAGGGAGAGUAAUGUCCAAUAAUAAAAGGGUCUUGUUAAGGCUGCUUAUUUAGUGGUCAGAGAUUGCAGGCUACAGGUUCUGCAGUAUGAGCAUGCGCAGUAGAGGGGGUUUCAAGAGGUGAUUCAAGAGCUGUUUGUGUAAUUGGCAAACCUCCAACAGGGAGGUGUGACUGUGGAGUUGAGGAUGAAACUGUGGAACAUGAUAUAUCUAAGUGUCAAAACUAUAAUAGUUAAAGAGAAAUUCUUUUAAGGAAACUACAGGAAAGUAGAACGAGAGUGUUGAACCUUAAGAAUUUAUUUAGUAUUGGAAAAGGAGAGUAUAAAGCAAACAGAACUAAUAAACAGAAUUUAGUUUGAAGUAAAUAUAAAUUUAUUUUCCUGUAGGAGUAGUAGGGACCUCUGGCUCACACUCCUGCAUGGUAGGUGGCGGUAAUGCACCUCUAACUUUGGUUGCCACCUGUAGUAAAACAAGAAGAAGAAGAAGAAGAACUGUUUGUGUGUGUGUGUGUGUGUGUGUGUGUGUGUGUGUGUGUGUGUGUGUGUGUGUGUGUGUGUGUGUGUGUGUGUGUUCCCGACUUUCAAUAAAGUUCACAACCUGAGAACUAUGACUCUUCAUCGAUCAAUACAGGGAGUAAUCUUUAAUUUGUACACUGUAGAUUUAGCUUCUCCAGACUGUAUGAUUGAUAUGAUGUGCUGCAGGAGAUGUUAGAUCAGAUAUCAGCCAACUGGACCUCUUUUGUUUGUUUACUUUGGAUGAAGUUACUGAGCAUGUGCGUUGAAGGUCUUAAUCAGUGUUAUCAAGAACAGGUGGAGUCACAAAAGGAGUCAAGGUGGAACAAAGCACGCUCCUCUUGGUGAUAUCUCAGUUUGCAUCGACCGCUUCCUCAAUGCGGUACAUAAAAAAUGUAGACUUGAAGUAGUGAUUUGAUUUUCACUCUUUUUCAUCCACUUAGAGCUUUUCACGCCUGCAAUGACACAAAGAUAACAGUCCAUGAAUAUCUCUUAUGAAAUCAAGUAGAGGAUGUUUUAGCUGAAAAUCUGACCUCAGUCUAUGCUCUGGUUUUCAGAGGUUGAAGACGAUACCAUGUGAAGAGCACAAAGACCUCAUGUCUAAUGAUGAGCUCUGUUAUUGUUGUGCUUCAGUUCCUUGAUAAUGGUUUUCAGAGGGUCACUAAGAAUGGAAAACACAGGCCUAAAAUGUUUGUAGUUGAACAUAAAUGCCAGUGUUAAAUUACAAACAAGCUAACCACAACCAGCUGAAAUGUUCAUAACAGAUAAAACAGACUGAUGCUGUUCGGGGGUCCGGCUAAUCCUUCAUGUCUUUAUGUAGAAGAUGACAGAUGUACAACAUGUCAGCGGAUAAUCUGUGUCUGACCCCGUGAUUCAAUUUCAUCCUACAGAAACAUGACCAGACGUCCAAUUUAAACAACUCUCACAUGUAAAAGGGAGGGCAAAGAGGAUUGUGAACGGUUCACAGCAUGUAUGAAAGCAUGUACUCAAAUGUGUGUGUAAAUAGUACACUUCAAACACCGCUGUAAACACAGACAUGUUGGCUCCCAGACUGCAUAUUCGUCACAGCUGAGAGCUCUGCCCUGGGGAGUAAAUCUUUCUUCCACAGCAUUAACUCGAUUAGGAUUCUUAUUUAUGAAGUCAAACAACCUCUGGCUAUGAGGGGUUUGAUGAAAAAAGAGGCUCAACCUACUGACACCGUUUCUUAAAGGAGGGAGAGCAUAAAACACUCACAGACGCAGGACUGUGAUGAGGUUUUAUGAUGUUAGCAGCGUUAUGACUCACUUCUUCCCUGCCCAUGUGGAGGGAUACUGCUCGGAUACGCCCUCCUCCUCCUCGCUCUGUCUGAGUGUUUCUUAAACCUCUGUCUUCUUCUUUCCCCCCUGUCUGUGCAGGUUAAGUGGUCCCCGUGCCCCAUUUGAAUGUCCAUCAUUAUGGCGAAGCGUGAGACCGGCAGCACCAGCCCUGUGGUCCGGCAGAUUGACAAGCAGUUCCUGGUCUGCAGCAUCUGUUUGGACCAUUAUCACAACCCGAAGGUCCUGCCCUGCCUGCACACCUUCUGUGAGAAGUAAGCCUCAAAUCCAAGAUGUGAAAGUGAGAGAAGGAAAAUCCACAAAUCUGCUUUAUUUGAGAAACUCGGCACAAGAAGAGACAUAAAAAUAGUUUAGUGCAUCAUUAUUUUGUCUCUUCCCUUCUGCUUGCAUUAACUGGGAGUCAUUAAAGUGGUGCAAUGUCCCAGUUUUACACGCUCUCCUCAAGCUGUUCUCUCAUCACUAUGGCUUCAGUAUGAUGUUAACAACAACCACUCAGAGCUCACCCGCAAGAAGAGAAAGACGAUAUUCUUAUAAGACUAUGGUGUUAACAAGUAGCACAGAUUUCCAAAGCUCUGGAUAAAUGAUAGUGUGUCUAAGCCGCUUUCCUUCCCAAUUAAACUGUAAAGACCGGAUACUUGUCUUCUCAGCCAGUCUGCACCUUGUUACGGUUAAUGGAUCUUCCUAAAUUCUUCUCUUGUCUUUGUCUAGAUGUCUUCAGAACUACAUCCCUCCCCAGUCUUUAACACUGUCCUGCCCAGUAUGCAGACAGACCUCUAUUCUGCCAGAGAAGGGCGUCGCAGCCCUGCAGAACAACUUCUUCAUCACGAACCUGAUGGAGGUGUUACAGCGAGACCCCGAGUGCAGCCGACCUGAAGCCUGUAAUGUCCUCGAAUCGGCCAGUGCGGCUACAGCCUGCCAGCCUCUCUCCUGUCCAAACCACGAGGGCAAGGUACGCUUAAAGAAAGGAUGGAGGACAUCUCUUUGGAUUUAUGAGUCACAUUACCCACUGCAACAUGACGUUAACCUGUAAUUUGUUCCACUGCACCACCUGCAGGUGAUGGAGUUUUACUGCGAGUCUUGUGAAACAGCCAUGUGUCUGGAGUGUACAGAGGGAGAACACAGGGAACAUGUGACGGUUCCUCUGAGGGACGUGCUGGAACAGCACAAGUCGGCUCUGAAAAACCAGCUGGAUGCUGUUCGUAACAGGUACACUUUUAGGAGUUUGCAUCUUUCUACUCCGAAGAGCUUUGAACUCAAAAAUGUGUGAAAAAUGCCGGAAUAGAAGUUUUAUUUUGUGUUUUUGGUCUUUUGGUUCCUCUUGCAGACUACCUCAGCUGACAGAGGCCAUCGAACUUGUAAAUGAGAUCUCUAAACAGCUGACGGAGCGUAAAAACGAGGCAGUGACUGAAAUCAGCAACACUUUUGAUGAGCUGGAGAAAGCCUUACACCAACGCAAGACCGCUCUCAUUACUGAAGUGGAAAACAUCUGCAGCACCAAGCAGAAGGUCAGAGGUCGUCUCUUUUAAUGGGAGGAAAGAAAAUUCGCUAUAAUACUCGUGUUUUAUCAGCCAUCACUGACUGUCUUCUGGAUUUCUUUUUUUUCAACAAUUUAUUCAUUAACUUUUUUUAUAAACAGUACACAACUUCAAUAACAACAAAAGAACUACAAAUUUCACCCAAACUCGCCCCCUCCCAGAACAAACCCCACAGGCCAGCUCUUACCUACAUCCCUAAAAAAAUAAUAAUCAUAAUAAUUAAAAAAAAAUAACAAUAAUAAUACAGUAUAAAAGAAAAUGUAAUAAAAGCAUUAAUAACAAUAACAAUCAUCAUAAUCCAAAUAAUAAACAAACAAAUAAGUCAAAUAAUUAAAGAAAUAAAAUUGAAAUAAUAAUAAUAAUAAUAAUAAUGAUAAUAAUAAUACAGCAAAAUCCAUGCAGCAGAGGUCAAGACAUUGACAACGGAAAAGCACAGCUACUCCUGCAGAUGUGCUACAACCAACAACCACCAUCACACCACUGACAGCACUUAUCUAGUUACCUGUGAGAAGUUAUCCAGAUGUAUUUUAAAGUUGUCUUCUGGAUUUCUUAGGUGCUUCAGGCCCAGCUGAGCUCUCUGCUUCAGGGCAAAGAGAACAUCCAGAGCAGCUGUAACUUCACCGAGCAGGCCCUGAGCCACGGCAGUGCCACCGAGGUCCUACUGGUGCAGAAGCAGAUGGGGGAGCGGGUCAGCGCUUUGGCGCGUCACACCUUUCCUGAGCAGCCCCAUGAAAAUGGACACCUGGAGUGCCAGGUAGAGACAGAUGGACUGAGGCGCUCCAUCCAGAACCUGGGAGUCCUGAUCACCACAGGUGCUGUUGGUCAUACCAGUGUCGCCACAGGCGAAGGCUUACGGCACGCGCUGGUCGGCCAACACACCACAGUCACAGUCACAACUAAAGACAAAGAUGGAGAGCUAGUGAAGACUGGUAAUGCUGCUCUGAGGGCAGAGAUAGCUUCUGCAGAUGGAGCCUGCACUGAAGCUGAGGUGAUCGAUAACAAGAACGGCACCUAUGAGGUCGGAUACACGAUCCGCUCUGAGGGAGAGUUCUCCUUCUCUCUGCUGCUGUACGAGCAGCCUGUGAGGGGGAGUCCUUUCCGGUUGCGUGCUGUCAAGCCGUCUGAUGUCCUGCAGUCACCAGACGACGUGAAGAGACGAGUCAAGUCCCCGAGUGGAGGAGGAGGUCAUGUUCGACAGAAGGCUGUGCGCAGGCCCUCCAGCAUGUACAGCACCACGAAGAAGAAGGAAAACCCCAUCGAGGACGAGCUGAUCUACAGAGUGGGUGGGUGAAUUAAUGACUGUCUCUGUUAUUUACUGAGGACACAGAAGACAGAUCUGCAUGAGGUUUUCUUUAGAAGCACAACCGCAAAUCAUAUGAAUGUCACUUUGAAAGCCUCACAGUUUAAACAUUUUAGAAGAUAUUUUGAGCAAAGUACAGUAUUGUUGAAAAUCUUGACUUGUGGAAGGUACUGAUGCAGACUUGUGUCUUUUAACAGGAACAAGAGGACGGGAUAAAGGAGAAUUCACAAACCUACAAGGCAUCUCCACCUCCAGUAACGGACGCAUUGUGGUGGCAGACAGCAACAACCAGUGCAUACAGGUCGGUGUCUCAUUCUCCGGAGCUGCAGUACAACUGCAAAGACUUUUCUUCUGCUUUUGGAGUAAAUCAGUUUCCUCUUUUUUUAGGUCUUCUCAAAUGACGGCCAAUUUAAAAUGAGGUUUGGGGUCAGAGGUCGUUCACCAGGGCAGCUGCAGCGCCCCACGGGGGUCACAGUAGACAUGAACGGUGAUAUCAUCGUAGCCGACUACGACAACAGAUGGAUCAGCAUCUUCUCCUCGGAUGGAAAGUUCAAGGUGAGUGUUCCCAUGUGGAGAAAAAUGAUGUAUAACAGACACUGCUGUGAGUUAAUACACUAAAUACAUUCUAUUGCAGAACAAAAUAGGUGCUGGCAGACUAAUGGGACCCAAAGGUGUGGCUGUGGAUAAGAACGGACACAUCAUCACAGUGGACAAUAAGGCCUGCUGUGUCUUCAUCUUCCAAUCAAACGGGAAGCUGGUGACAAAGUUUGGAGCCAGAGGGACGUCAGAUCGACACUUCGCAGGUACUGUGGGGAGAGAUCAGAUGCACACUGAGCGACGCUUCAUGUUUCAGGGCAUGUCUUUGGGCCAGAUUUACAGAUUUCAUUAAGUGUCAUACUUCACAGGAAUGUUGAAUUGUUAAGUGAUCUGCAUGUUUCUGUACACCUUUAGAGUUCAGCUGUAAUAAUGGAGCCCAAGAGGUCACAUUAACUUUUAUUUUUUUUAAUUGCACAUGCAAUUAAGUAUCUCGCACUUACGUUUUAUUAUAUCACAUGUGCAGUGUAGCAUCUUGAACGUGUGUUUUAUUUGUAUAUUGCGCUGGCGUUUUUGUAAAUAAUCCUCCGCUCGCCUCUUUUGUGAGAGAAGAAGAAAGACAGUGUUUUGGACAGAGAGCAGAUUAUCAACAUUUUCUUUCAUUUAGGUAUGAGAUGAUUUAUAGCUUAGCCACAUUUGGUAUCGUUUUGAGUAGGAGACACCUCAUCAGGAUCCUUAAGGCACAGUGACUUUGCCUUCUGCGAUAUUUGGACUUGCAGGAGGUGAUUUUGUUCACUAACAAACAGUUAAAUCGCACCUGUGAUAUGAUAAAACACACGUGCGAUAUACUAAAUCGCAUUAAAAAAACAAGUUAAUGUCUCCUCCUGGGCUCCGUAGUUGUGAGCAUCUGUGUUUUUUCUUUUUUAAUCGUUGUCAUGAACGCACAGUCGGUGAUUCUUCAGAUUGCAUUUUUGGUCUUGUACUGAAAAAAUGCAAAUAUUCAUAAUUCACAUUAGUGCAUGAGAAAAUGUGAUGAAUUAUGUCUCUUUCUGCCUCUGAUGCAGAAGUGAUGUUUGCCUGCAUUCAUAGAAUCUCUUAUUGUUAUGGUUUCAUUUGUUGCACAAACAGUUUGAAUUGCAUCUUAUUUUCAGUUUCAUUUCUCACUUGAACCUUUUUCUUUCUUUUAGACAAAAGUGGUGCAAACAUUGCACUGGAACAAAAGCUUAGUAAAUCUGGCCCUGUUUUCAGUAAGUAAUGACCCCCCCUGUGAACUAAGAUAAUGAAUCUCUGUUUCUUUGAACAUGUGGAUGCCUCCGCUCUGUCAUGUCUCACGUGUCGUCCUCUGUCACCUCUGAGUCUCUUAAUGAUAUCUGUGUGUUUCGUUGAAAGUCCUAAAAUAGUGUGAAGCUUCCUCUGGUAUGUUGUAAAGCAAUGCGAAGGAUGACUCAUCUUCUCUCUCUCUUCCUCUCUCUCUCUCUGUCCCCUGCUGCUUCCAGGUCCUCACUUUGUGGCUGUUAAUAACAAAAAUGAAAUCGUGGUGACAGACUUUCAUAACCAUUCAGUCAAGGUACGGCUUUAUACACAGUAUGUUCUUUAUGAGAGCUCAGCUGCAUUUCAAGUUUGGUUAGAAAAUGUUCAUAUCUGACUUUUCAAAGAGGAAAAAGCUGAAUUAAUCUGAACGUAUAAACGGAAAAGUCAACGUCAGCUGAAUGUAGUUGUGGUAAUUUGCUUUGUAUCCUGUUGUUCUUGACAGUGUUUUAUUCUCAGCUCUUUCUCAAAAUAGAGCGUCAUUCUCUUAUUCCCUUUCCUGUUUGUUGCAGGUGUACAAUGCAGAUGGGGAGUUCCUGUUUAAAUUUGGCUCCCAUGGAGAGGGGAACGGUCAGUUUAAUGCUCCGACAGGAGUGGCCGUAGAUUCCAAUGGAAACAUCAUCGUUGCUGAUUGGGGCAACAGCCGGAUCCAGGUUUGUUUGUUUGAGAAUGAACAUCUUAUAUCCUUUCUUGUACCUUUUAAGUCUAUAAAUUUUAACUUAACUUUAAGUGUUUUAGCAUUUAUCUCUUUCUGGUUUUAAUGACAGGAUAAUGUCUUUUAUUGAGCUAUUUUGAUGCUUGUAUUUUAGCAUCUUUUACUGUUGUUUUUAUUUCAUUUUAUUUAGUAUUUCUUGAAUUUCAUUUUAUGUCACUUUGUUUUUAGAUUUUAACCUAACCUCCAGUGUUUACUUAUCUUGAAUUUUAAAAUGGCGUUUCCUCGGUGCGCACAUUCCUGUUUCUAUAAAAUGAAGCGCUUUUUUAAUUAAUGCAUUUUAAUACAUGUUUCUGUUGUGCUUAGAUCGCGGGAUGGAAAUGACGAGAAUGAAAAGUGCUAUACAAAUAAAGACUGAUUGAUUGAUUGAUACAUCCUACUUAAGUUAUUUACUAACGACUAAUGUGCCUCUUUUUUGCUGUAACCAUUCAGGUGUUUGACAGCUCAGGGUCCUUCCUGUCCUACAUCAACACAUCAGCAGACCCCCUUUAUGGACCCCAGGGCCUGGCCCUCACCUCUGAUGGUCAUGUGGCGGUGGCGGACUCUGGGAACCAUUGCUUCAAGGUGUACCGCUACCUGCAGUAAACUCCUGCAGGGAGAGCCAUCUUCACCACUGACAAGCACUGACAACGACACGACUAAUGUAUUCCACAGGGUGCAAUGACCUUUACAAACACAGCCUUUCGACGUGCACAUCAGCUGAUCCUCCUGGAUAUAAAUACGUGUUUGAUCCUGAGUUUACUCCUUAUGAUGUGUAUUUAAAGGUGUUUUUAAAGUUGGGCAAUGUAGCAUCCUUGGCACAUGUACUGAACAUAACGCUUUGGGCUGGUUUUCCAUCCUGAUGUUGGAACUAUUAAACUCGACCUAAAGAGAGGCCGGACAGGGUAGGAGAUAGAUUCAAGUAUUUAAUGAGCCAUAACUUGUCCAAAUGCAUGAAGUUUUCUGUUAUCUUAAAGCCUAGCCAACAACACAGUGUACACAUCGGUUGCUUUUCUCAUGAACUAGUUAACGCUUACAGUGAAAUGAACAGUGCGACGCUUCUUCAGCAAUGAAAUGUAAAAUUCCUUAUUUACUGGUAUCUCACAUAGAAAUGUCAUCAUCACCAUCUGUGCAUUGAUUUGCUGUAUGUAUUGUAUAUACGACAUAAAUGUAUAUUGUGUAUAUUAGAUCACUCUGUAUCUAUGUGCUAUGAUUUGGCCUUUUUUUGGCUGUCCAGAUGGUAGCGGUCAAGGACUCCAGGAUUUUAAAACCUUGUGGAUGGCAGCUGUUAAGAAGAGUGCUUUUAAACAUACACAGCACAUGCUUAAAGAAGAGUGUCAUAUUUAUUGCUAAUGUAAUCAGCACAAUUUUCUUUUUCUGUUUUUGUUAAUAUUUGUUGUUUCAAAGGGAGAAAAUAAAGAAAAAAUGCUAAUUUAUUUUAUUUCAUACACUAGCUCAGCCUUUGUAAAUUAUUUUUCUAAAUUUUGUUUUUCUUUAGAGCUUUAUACUUAAUCCCUUUACCUGAUAGAGAAACUUCACUGUAAAGCAGAAUUCAUUUCCUCUCGUCAUCUGUGUCAUACAGAUCAGUGUUUGUGCACAUGCAGAUGAGACGCAGCUCUAAACUGGUCUUUGUUUUCGUUUUAGAUACCAUAAAAGAGAAAGUGUAUCUGCUCAGAAUACUGACGCUCAUGAUAAGGUGGUUUUGCCUUCAGCUAAACCACAAAACAAUACACAUAUCUCAGGAAAUCCAUCCAAAUUUAACAGCCACAUCUGUGUAAUAAUCUUAUUUUUCUUUCUCUUUAUUUUUUAGAGUCCAGAACAGAAACAAUAAGAUGGAAAUGAAGUCUGCUUUGAAGUGCUGUUUUUGUUUUUUGGCUUUUACAUGAGGAACAGUGACAAAACUCUGAUAAUAAUUUAUUAGACAACAUUUUCUAAAUAACUCAUCCACACUUAGGAAUACACUUGCCUAUGAAACUGUUAUAUUGUACAGCUAAAAGACAAAAAACAAAGUUUCUGCCUGCACUAUUUAAAGCCAUGACACCCUAGAACAAACCUGUACAUGUAGAGCUGUCUCUGCUCGUGCUCCCCCUAGUGUCCACUCUGUGUAAUAUCAUAAGAAAACCUGGUGCCACAGCAGAAGAAAGACCAGGUGCAGGACUGAAGCAACUUCCUGAUUUUAAAUAUCCCUCAGCUCUGUGUUUAACAUCUGAACCCUAAUAAUCCCUCUUCUGGAGCUACAGGUUAUAACCCGAGGUCACCGGGUCUUUAACCAGGGAGCUGCUUCUGCUCAUGCACCUGAGAUCUUGUUUGACUUGUUGCCAAACAGGAGUCCACUGACUUCUCGAAGGAGUCUGAGGCUCACCGUUAUGACAUGUGUCUGAUAACAUUGAACACUACGCUGUUUGUGUCACACCAUUACAAACUAUAUUGUUUUCUCUAUGAAUAUGCACUGGUAAUAAAAGCACAUGGUUUACUGAGCUGCCG